AUGAUUAUAUGGGGGAUAAAGGAGUGGGUGAUAAUGGCAGCGGUGGGAUUGAUGGGGCCGGGUUGGGAGGGGGGGGAGGGGAGAGAGGGGAAAGAGGGGAAGGAGAGGGAGAGGGAGAGAGAGAGGGGGAAGGAGAGGGAGAAGGAGAAGGAGAGGGAGAGGGAGAGGGAGAGGGAGAGGGGGAGGGAGAGGGAGAAGGGGAGGGAGAAGGAGAGGGAGCGGGAUAGGGAGAGGGAGAAGGAAAAGGCGAGACAGGUCGAAUCUGCAGAGGUGGAGCGCAGGAGAGAGGUGAGGCGAGAGGAGGAGUGGAGGAGGGAGGAGGAGCAGAGGAGAAGGGAGGAGUGGAGGAGGGAGGAGGAGCAGUGGGCAGGGGGUGUGGGGAGGGCAGGUUGGGCCCGGAGGGGUGAGUUUGAUGCAACGCAGAGCUGGGCAGAGCAGCAGGACCACAGGCGUGGGCGAGAAAGGGGUGGGCAUGGAGGAGAGGGGGCACGGUACGAGAGAGAGAGGGGCCGGCACGAGCAAGGAGGGCAUCUACGGCAGGGUUAUGGUGAGGGGCGUGAUAGGGGCGGCCAUUACAGUAGAGACCGCGGGCGAAGCGCAGAGAGAGGGGCUGGUGGCUGGCUGGAGCGUGGGGGUGAUAGAGUUGUUGAGAGGGGUGGUGAUGGGAGUCAGUAUGGUGUGAGGGAGCGCGAGCAUCGCCCUCAAAACUCCCUCUCAGGCGCCAUUGGGGUCCCCAUUUCAUUCGGCCAACAACUGGGCGGUGCGCUCUCUGCUGCCAACAGUGUUCCCUUGGGCGGUCAGGGCAUGCAAGGAGGAGUGGUGUCUGCUGUUCCUCCUGGGUUCGGCCCGGACGAAGGGCAGCAAGGUGGCUUUCUUUUUCCUGGAGAAGGAGAGGGCGGCUUGAGGCAGCACGAGUGUUCCCUUGGGCGGACUUUUGAGAGCUCUCAAAAGUCACUCCAAUAUAGCUGUCUCUUCGCCAACAGUGUUCCCUUGGGCGGUCCCGGCAUGCAGGGGAAGGGGCUGGAGGCAGCACGAGGUGAGUGUGAGGCAGAGGGAUUAGGCCAGCCCCUGGGAGGUGCGCUCUCUGCUGCCAACAGUGUUCCCUUGGGAGGUGCGCUCUCUGCUGCCAACAGUGUUCCCUUGGGAGGUGCGCUCUCUGCUGCCAACAGUGUUCCCUUGGGAGGUGCGCUCUCUGCUGCCAACAGUGCUCCCUUGGGAGGUGCGCUCUCUGCUGUCAACAGUGUUCCCUUGGGAGGUGCGCUCUCUGCUGCCAACAGUGUUCCCUUGGGAGGUGCGCUCUCUGCUGCCAACAGUGUUCCCUUGGGAGGUGCACUCUCUGCUGCCAACAGUGUUCCCUUGGGAGGUGCGCUCUCUGCUGCCAACAGCGUUCCCUUGGGAGGUGCGCUCUCUGCUGCCAACAGCGUUCCCUUGGGAGGUGCGCUCUCUGCUGCCAACAGCGUUCCCUUGGGAGGUGCGCUCUCUGCUGCCAACAGCGUUCCCUUGGGAGGUGCGCUCUCUGCUGCCAACAGCGUUCCCUUGGGAGGUGCGCUCUCUGCUGCCAACAGCGUUCCCUUGGGAGGUGCGCUCUCUGCUGCCAACAGCGUUCCCUUGGGAGGUGCGCUCUCUGCUGCCAACAGCGUUCCCUUGGGUGGUCCCGGCAGGCAGGGGAGGGUGGUGGCUGGCUGCUGUGCCUCCUGGCAGGGUUUGCGUGCUGCUGGCGGCCCGGGGGGGGCUGCUGCUGUACUUGUUAGUAGCUCAGGGCGCAUCCUCAGAGGAGCCGAUCAGAUGGAGAGUUUCCUGCGCAACGCAGAGAGGCUCGAAGCGGGGGGAGCAGCAAUGGGGGGAGCCGAUCAAAUGGAGAGUUUCUUGCGCAAUGCGGAGAGGCUGGAGGCAGCAGGAGCAGCGGCAGGAGGAGCAGGAGGGGGACGGGGAGGAGGAGGGGGAGAAGGGGGGUUUGGGAUGGCUGGAGGUGGUUUGGGCUCUCCUACCCCACAGCUGCAGUCUGCAGCAGCAGCGGGUGCAUUGGGUGCUGGUGAUGCAGGGAGGGGGGAUUUCGGCAGCUUUCUCCGCAAUGCAGAGCGGUUGGAAGCGGUGCAUGGGGGGAGAUAUGGGGAGAUGCGCGGUGACAUGGGUGGGGGCAUGGGAGGGGCCAUGGGUGGGCUGCAAGGAGAACUGGCAGGCGGCAUGAGAAGCGCAUCCAUGGGACCCAUGGGGCCUGUGAUCCGCAUGCACGUACCGCCGUUCGACCCGCAUGCGCCCCCACCGCCUCACAUGUCUCUCCGUGGGCCCAUUCCCCCGGGCUUUGAAGAUGGACCCGCCUUUCCAGAGCCGCGUUUCGGAGGUGCACCGCCUCACAUGCAGCAGCAGCAGCUGGGAGAUCCAAUGGAGCCUCUUACUGAGGUUGCGCCGGUGACUGUGCGGAUGGUCGGCACGCAUCGUGUGAUGGUUGUUGCAGAUUCGCCCGUCCGCCCACCACCGAUGGAGCUCCCGAGGUCCAUGGAUCCCUUUUCCCCCAACAUGCCACUCGAAAUGCAAGGCGGAAGGCCUCCCUUCUUCUCCCAGCAGCAGCAACAGCAGAUGCCGCCACAGCAUUUUGGUGAAAGCGUCCAGAUUCGUGGAAUUCACGAGCGGGGGUUCCCGGGACCGCCUCACCACAUGAUGCAAGGCCCGCCGGACCUUCUUCCUCCACGUGGUGAUUCUUUUCGACCGCAAGGCCCCCGAGGAGAAUUCUUCCCUUCUCCUCAAGGGGGACCACAUGGGCCUCCCCCAUAUGGCCCUCCCCUUCGUGGGCCCCCGUUUGGCCCGCCACCAUUUCUCAACGAUCAAGGACCUAGAGGGCCUUUCCGUGGCUUUCCCCCCAUGGACCCCCAUGGAGGAGUGGAGGACCAUCCGCGUUUUGGUGGUCGAGGCCCGUUCAAUGGUGCCGGUGGUCCGAAUAUUGGGGCCCGCGUGCUACACGUUGCAUUCUUCGCGGCACUGGUGGCCCUUGCCUACUCGGACGACGAUAAGGAUUAUGAGCGUUUUAACUCUCUGCUGAUUGGAGCCAACGAGGUUCCAAAGAACAACUCCGAAGCUGCCAGGAAAGCUGUCGGGGACAAACGAGGGAUGGUUCACAUGAAGCUUAAGAUCUACAAGGAGGAUGGCAAGCCUACAUGGCUGGAGUAUUCGGUGAAAGCGUUGAAGCUGGAAGGCGAGAUGCCGCCAACCAAGACGCACAUACACCCAGGGAACAAGGGGCAGAACAACCCCGUGCUGCUGGACCUGCCGUGCUCGUACGAGAGGAAGAGCCGCACCGACUGGCGCUGCAAGGGCUCCCUCGGGAAGAAGGUGCAUGAACGCACCAACGACCUCGUGUCAGCGCUUAAGGAUAUCUCCAAGAAUCCGAAGGGGCACUAUGGGAAUAUUCACACGAAGAAGUAUUCUGAUGGUGCCGUGCGUGGUCAGCUCUCCAGGGGCUAG